CUACUCCCAAUCGGUCAACUGAAGUAAAAUGGCGAUUGAAUAUGUACGUUUGUGUUUUUGUUAGUAUUUUAAUUUUUAUAUUUAAAAAAUGUAAUUAUUUUAUUAGUGGAGGAUUAUUGCUGCUUUGUUCUUGAAUCUGGAUCUUUUGACGAUGUGUGCUUGAUGGACCAUAUAAAUGUUAAACUAAUUAUUUUGUGUGGAUAAGAAAAUGAACAAGCAUUUUAUUGUAUACCGAAGUAGCCAAAAUGGAUUCGGCUGUGAUCAAAGCAGAUCCUGGAAAUGCUGAGUAUUACUUGAACCGGUUGAUUCAAAGAGCUUUAAUUGAACCUAAACCUCUUCUUAAAAUAUAUGAAGAAGAAUGUCAGAGGCAUCCAGACAUCAGUGUUACUGUAAUGUUUAAAGAGUUCCAGUCAGCACUACAAAAACAUUGUUUGACACUUCAGUCCAGGAAUCAAAAAUCUGCAGUUUCACCAUUGAAGCAACAAGAUAUGAGUAUUUUACAAGCACAUAAAGAGUACACUGCUAAAUUCACAUCACUAGGAGAACUUGUUGAUCAGAGGAGAAGACGGCGCAGACCAGAUAUGCAGAACCACUUGUAUCAAAGAAUGCCAUUGGAAAGGUAUAGUCCCCAGGCUGCCCAUGCGAAUAAUAACAUGUAUUAUAGAAAUGGUAUACAGCAUCAACAAUCAAUGGCAGUAAACAUAAAAACUGAAGAGCCUAUGCAGCCGUCAGCAGCCGUUUCCCAGCCACCGUCACAUACGGUCAGCAGGCCACCGAGUAUACAACCCCCUGUUGAAGAGGAACCACCUCCAGAGUUCAUCGAAAUGUCAUCGAAUCCUCCAGGAAUGCCCGGUAACUGCCAAUUCUCGAGUUUGAACAUUUAUCAAAACCAAGUAUCAGAUGAAAAAGGCCUUACAGCUGCGUCUGAUGAUGGGGCCAGUAAAAUAGAACUGAAAGGACCAAACAGUGCCAGUGGAGUGGAUGGUGCUGUUCAGUCAUCAUCAACACCUGACAAAACCAAUCUGUUAAGUGCUGAUGACAUUUCCCCCUUGAAUGUGAGAUGUGUCAAGUGCAUUACUGCUCUAGUGACUUGUGCUGUUAUGCCUUGUGGCCAUUGUUGUCUAUGUAAUAUUUGUGGACAGACGGUUUUAUCCCUGAAACAGGUUUGCCCUGUUUGCAGGAAAGGUGUUUCAACUGUGAUAGGCUAUUCAAAUUUAAUUUAUAAUGUAUAUAGGUAGCAAAGUAAAUAAACAGUAUUAAUUGACUAUUUAUAUGAGUUUGGAUGAGGUUUCUUAUGUAUCUUGCUUAUACGUUAUUAAAAGUUGUAUCUUUUCAGA